AAUGGUGAAGUUUGGAUUUCAUUGUUAUUCAGGGAGGACGAGUCCUAUUUUAAAGACAGAGAGUUACUCUCAUGUGAAGGCUUUUCACUAGUUUGGGUUUUAAAACAAGGGAUGAGCCUUGGUCAGGGUUUUUUAAGGUUAGAGACGUGUAACCAUGGAGCCCCUUCUGCCUGCGGUUGAGCGAGAGGCUGAGGAUAACGAUGCCAAGAGGAAGAUCCAGUUCUCGGUGCCUUCGGCGGUACCCAUACAGUUGGACCCGCGACAAGUAGAACUGAUUCGACGUAGAAGGCCCACGCCUGCCACCCUCUUCCGACUGACGGACCCGCCGUCGCCAGAAGACGAUAGCGGAUGUCAUCAGUGGCUUGCUGGAGAAAACCGAGUCCUUAAAACCAAAACAGUCAACAACACGUCAAGCACCUACCAGCCACCUUCGCUCAAAGCCGUGCAGAGAAUGGCCCAAGCGCACCUAUCUUCUAUAGACAUGAACUCCGUGGACCAGGAUGAUCCACCAUCUGGAGAGGAAGAAGAGGACGUCAAGAGCCCGCAGUUAGAUUCAGAUACUCAAAUUCAAAACAACGCGCAGAGGGAUCGUUAUCCAUUGCCGGACGUGUUGAGAGCAACAGAGGAGGCUGGAGAAGAAGAGAAAGAAGAUCGGCGGAAGGUCUCUUUUGCGUAAAAGCAUAGACGAAGGUUUGUGCGCGUGUUUACUUGUAAGUGUAAAUACAGUAUGCGUGAGAACAUCUAUGUCGAGACCACAGGGUGGUGCUAAAAGCAUCCACAAAAGAGUAUUCAUAGGUUUUCAUGAGGAUAAUGAAUGUUUUGUACAGGGUGUUGUACAUUUGUAUACAAAUCAUGAAACAAGCAAGGCUUUCAAUGACUGUCUACUGUAUAACAGUAUUCCAUUUAUGCUUUGUGUUGGUUGCAAAUAAAAGCUUCAUAAUGGCUUUUAAAGUGUAUAAUCGGGUGUGUUUAUUUAAAGACAUGCAACAGAUUUUCUUAUUGAUAUUAGGGCUGUCAAACGAUUAAAAUUUUUAAUCGAGUUAAUUACAGCUUCAAAAUUAAUUAAUCGUAAUUAAUCGCAAUUCAAACCAUCUAUAAAAUAUGCCAUAUUUUUCUGUAAAUUAUUGUUGGAAUUGAGAGAUAAGACACAAGAUGGAUAUAUACAUUCAACAUACGGUACAUAAGUACUGUAGUUGUUUAUUAUAACAAUAAAUCAACAAGAUGGCAUUAACAUUAUUAACAUUCUGUUAAAGCCAUCCAUGGAUAGAAAGACCUGUAGUUUAUUAAAAGAUAAAUGUUAGUACAAGUUAUAGAAAUUUUAUAUUAAAACCCCUCUUAAUGUUUUCGUUUCAAUAAAAUUUGUAACAUUUUCAAUCAAAAAAUAAACUAGUAGCCCGCCACUGAUGAUGUCAUUAAUUACACAAUGCUCAUGAGUGCUGAAGCCCAUAAAAUCAGUCGCACCGAAGCACCAGCAGAGGGCGACAAAACUCCAAAAAAACACAAGUAACAAGUGGACAU